GUCUGACCUGUCGUGGUGUUGGACAACAAAAUAUUGGAAUUCAUUAAACAAAUGUAAAAUAAAGCAAAGUAAUGGGGAAAUUUGAAUAUCCAGAUGUUCGAAGGGAUGAUACAAAAAUUGAUAACUAUCAUGGACAACAGAUUGCUGACCCAUAUCAGUGGCUAGAAGAUCCUGAUAGUGAAGAAACAAAGAAAUUUGUUGAUGCUCAAAAUGAUCUGUCUCGACCAUAUAUUGAAGCGUGUCCUGUACGUAAAAAGCUUCAGGAAAGGAUUACGGAAAUGUGGGAUUAUCCAAAGUAUGGCUGCCCAAAGAAGCAUGGGAGCUGCUAUUAUUAUUUCUAUAAUACUGGAUUACAAAAUCAGAGUGUUCUUUAUGUACAAGAUUCUCUAGAAGGGGAAGCAAGAGUUUUUCUCGACCCAAAUAAACUCUCCGAAGACGGUACUACAUCUCUUCGUGGGACAGCUUUCUCUGAGAAAGGGGACAUCUAUGCUUACGGACUAAGUGAAAAGGGUUCCGAUUGGAUAACCAUCAAGUUUAAGAAUGCACCAAGUGGGGAAGAUUUACCUGAUGUUUUGAAGAGAGUGAAGUUUUCUAGUAUGGCAUGGACACAUGAUGGUAAAGGUCUCUUCUAUAAUAGUUACCCAGAACAAGAGGGCAAAUCUGACGGAACAGAGACAACAUCAAAUUUAAACCAGAAGUUGUUCUACCAUAGGUUAGGAACUGACCAAUCAGAGGAUACCUUAGUCGUAGAAUUUCCUGACAAUCCAAAAUGGAUGAUAGGUGCUGAGGUCAGUGAUUGUGGACAUUAUCUCGUUCUUGCUAUAAGUCAGGGUUGUGAUCCGGUGAACCGUCUGUAUUUUACCGAUCUACGUACAUUACCAGACGGUAUUAAUGGGCUUAUACCAUACGUCAAGGUUGUUGAUAACUUUGAUGCUGAGUAUGAGUAUAUUACAAAUGAGGGCAGCUUAUUUACUUUUAAAACCAACUUGAAGUCUCCAAACUACAAACUUAUCAACAUAGAUUUCAGUAAAUUUGAAAUGGAAAAUUGGAGCACCCUUGUAGAGGAACAUGAGAAGAAUGUUCUAGAGUGGUCAGCUAUUGUAAAUGGCAACAAACUAGUGUUGUGCUACCUCCAGGAUGUAAAGAAUCAACUGUAUGUACAUGGUUUAUCAGAUGGUAAGAGAAUCUGUCAGUUACCAUUAGAAGUAGGGACAGUUGUUGGGUACUCUGGCAAGAAAAAGUUGACAGAGAUAUUCUACCAGUUUAUGUCAUUUUUGACACCAGGUAUUAUCUAUAGAUGUGAUAUGACAACCGAUCAGUUAGAACCAAAGGUCUUCCGUGAUAUAAAAGUGAAGAAUUUCGACUUUGACAAAUUCACAACGGAACAAGUGUUCUACAGUAGUAAAGAUGGGACCAAAAUACCAAUGUUCCUAGUACAUAGAAAAGACAUAAAAAAAGACGGUUCAAAUCCGGUGAUGCUGUACGGUUACGGUGGAUUCAAUAUUCCUAUAAGCGCAAGUUUCUCAGUGUCUCGACUUGUUUUCUUACAACAUUUAGGCGGUGUUUAUGCAGUGGCUAACAUUAGAGGCGGAGGAGAAUACGGUGAAACUUGGCAUAAAGGUGGAAUAUUAGGAAACAAACAGAACGUGUUUGAUGACUUCCAGGCAGCGGCUAAAUACCUCAUAGAGAACAAAUACAGUAGUCAUAAUAAGAUAACAAUCAACGGAGGGUCAAAUGGAGGGUUGUUAGUGGCUGCCUGUAUAAAUCAAGCACCUCAAUUGUUUGGAUGUGCUAUAGCACAAGUUGGUGUGAUGGACAUGUUGAAAUUCCACAAGUUCACUAUAGGGCAUGCAUGGACAACAGACUACGGUUGCUCUGAGAAAGAGGAAGAUUUUAAAUGGUUGAUAAAAUAUUCUCCCCUUCACAACAUACAUGAACCAGAGGGAGAUAACCAGUAUCCGUCCACCCUUUUACUCACUGCUGAUCAUGAUGACAGAGUUGUCCCCCUUCAUUCACUCAAGUUUAUAGCCCAGCUUCAACAUGUUGCCGGCAGACAUGAAAAACAGACCAAUCCCUUGAUGAUACGUGUUGAUACUAAAUCUGGGCACGGUGCUGGAAAACCUACUGCCAAAAUAAUUGAAGAGCUAAGUGAUGUAUACAGUUUCAUCUAUCAGAGUAUAGGACUGCAGUGGUCCGAUUGACUACAAAAUAAACUUUAGAUCUUCUACAGUGAAAAUGUGAUAUAAAUUUCUUUAGUCAUAACAGAUUUGUCUACAGAAUACACUAGUAUUAUCUCUACAGAGCAAAACAAUUUCUAGUCUCCACUUUAAUUAUUUUCAUUUACUUAAAAGAUAUAGUAUGCUUAUCUUUGGGUAUACAUCAAUUGCAGAAAUUUAUUGAAAAUAUAGAAAAUUCUUCCUGAAUAUGUCUAAUUUGAAUAAGUGAAUUUAUAAACUAUGUUUGGGAAACUGCAUUCCCUAUUACUUGCCAAAUUUAUUUGGUCUAUUCUUAUAAAAACUGCCAAUUUUUAUGACACUGUGUAAUCAGACUGUGAUUACCUGUAAUGUGUACAGUUUAAAACUUAAUUUAUUUCUCUGUGUGUAUUCAUAACAUAAAAUAUUGUUUUUUUUUACAUUUUACAUUUUCAAAGGAGACUAAAUAGUAAUUAUCAUUUUUAUUUGAAGAUUAAUUUGAGCCUUAUAUAUCUUUAAUUCUUUUGUCAAACACAAGAUUGACUUCAAGGCAAACGGGACCAAAGUGAUGGCAUAGUUAAAGGGACUCCACUGAGGUUUAAAAGCGUAAAAACAUAACAUUUGAAUUUCUUACAUAAAUGAGCUGGGGCACUUUAAACAGAAAUAUAGGAAAAAAGAUAGUUAAGAAAUAUACUUUAGAAUAAAUUGAAAAUGGUAUUUUUAUGCUUUUCUUAGCCCGAUUUGAGAGAAAAGCGUUUAAACAGUUUUCAUUUUCGGUCAUUUUUUUACAAUUUGAAUAAUUAUUCUGGAAAUACGAAGUGCGCAAAUGAUCAAAAAUUUUGCACAAAGAUUUAUGGUCUCAACCUACAUCAAAUGGUACAUUUAUCUAGAAAAAAUAUUUUCAGUCCCAUCAUGUCAAAAUACCUCAGUGGAGUCCCUUUAACACAUCAGACUAGUAUGUAUUUUAAAGGAUUACUGGAUGGAUGAGAUCAAACCCCAUCAGGGCUAAGCAUUUUUCUCUAUGAGAAAGAAUCUUUACACUAAUUUCUUGGUACUAAUUGGCCUGUCUGUAAGCUUAUAGCUUCCUUCACAAUAGAACUAAAAUAAAUUAUGUAUAUACAAACAAACUAUAACAGCUAACUACAUUAACAGCUUUAGUUUAGGAACGGGGUUGUCAUAAACAAUAAAAAUACAGGACAAUCAAUAUAAAUUUGCAAGGACAAUAUUAUUAAUCAGUUUGUCAACAAUUAAUAAAGAUAUUAAAGAUAUU